CGCGCCGGAGGGUGAGACUGGGCCGACCGCGGAGUGUGGCGGGGGCGGCCAGGGCCCGCAGCCCCGGGGCCGGGCGAGACCGCGAGGGAGACGUGGUCAGUGGGAGAUCGCGUUAGCUGGGGCUCAAUCUCUGCCCUCCCGGGUGCCCGUCGCGUUUCCCUGGCUCUCACAUGGUUCCUGGCCCUGGCUGGGUGCCUCACGGCGGUUGCAGAUUCGAUCCCUCCUUUCAGCCCUGCGGCGGAUAUUAUCCUCCUCUUUCAGACGAGCGCUGGGAGUUCGAGUGACUUGGCCAAGGUCUUUCGUUAGUACAGCCUUUUGCGGAUUAGCAGGCACUUUCAUGUCUGUUCUACAAACAUCUUCAAAGUGGGGACAUUUUCAGAGAUGUCUUCCAGAAGUCCCAAAGAUUUAAUUAAAAGUAAAUGGGGACCAAAGCCUAGUAACUCCAAAUCAGAAGCUGCAUUAGAAAAAUUUAGGGGAGAAAUUGCAGCCUUAAAAACAUCGGUGGAUGAAAUGGCAAGCGGAAAAGGAAAGCUGAAUGAUAAAGACAGACACAGACUUUUGGAGAAAAUUCGAGUCCUUGAAGCUGAGAGAGAGAAGAAUGCUUAUCGCCUCACAGAGAAGGACAAAGAAAUACAGCAACUCAGAGACGAGCUGAAAGCCAAACACAGCACUACUGCAUUGCUUGAACAGCUGGAAGAGAAAACAAAGGAAGGUGAAAGGAGGGAACAGCUGUUGAAAUCCUUGUCUGAAGAGACAGAUAUAUUAAAAAAACACUUGUCUGCUACAACUGCAAGACUUGCUGAAUUUGAAGGCAAAGCUGAUACACUUCGUUUAUCACAGACUGUGGCUACAAGUUGCUUCAAUUCAUCAAUGAGUAAUAUUCAUGAAAUGGAAAUACAGCUGAAAGAUGCUCUGGAGAAAAAUCAGCAAUGGCUUGUGUAUGAUGAGCAGCGAGAGGUCUACGUAAAAGGACUUUUAGCGAAGAUCUUUGAGUUGGAACAGAAAUUGGAAACAGCUGUUCAUGCAUUCCCACAGGAGACAAAAAAGACUGAAUCAGAAGGUUGUCUUCAAGAAGAAAAGCAAAAAUAUUACAACCAUCUCUUGGCAAAUGCAAAAAACGAUCUUGAGGUAGAACGACAAACAAUAACUCAGUUGAAUUUUGAACUUAGUGAAUUUAGAAGAAAAUAUGAAGAAACCCAAAAAGAAGUGCAAGAUUUAAAUCAGCUGUUGUGUUCACAAAGAAAGGCAGAUGUACAACAUCUGGAAUACGAUAGGCAUAAAACAGAGAAAAUACAAAGGCUCAAGGAAGAGAAUGAUCUUGCCAGGGAAAAACUUGAAGAAGAGAAGAAGAGAUCUGAAGAGCUCUUAUCUCAGGUCCAGUUUCUUUACACGACUCUGUUGAAGCAGAAAGAGGAACAGAAAAGGGUAGCUCUGUUGGAACAACAGAUGCAGGCAUGUACUGUAGACUUUGAAAAUGAAAAACUUGACCGUCAAAAUAUGCAGCAUCAAUUGCAUGUAAUUCUUAAGGAGCUCCGAAAAGCAAGAAAUCAAAUAACACAGUUGGAAUCCUUGAAGCAGCUUCAAGAGUUUGCCUUCACAGAGCCAUUAGUCACUUUGCAAGGAGAGACUGAAAACAGAGGAAAAGUUGCCUCACCAAAAAGUCCUACUGCUGCACUAAAUGAAAGCCUGGUAGAAUGUCCCAAGUGCAAUAUCCAGUAUCCAGCCACCGAACAUCGAGAUCUACUCGUCCAUGUUGAAUACUGUUCUGAGUAACAAUAUAAUUAUUCUUUGUUUUUGUGUCAAAAGAUUCAGUACUGUAUUUUACGUUAGCUUAUGGACAUUUUGAAUUACUUAUUUCACCUCAGAUCAGAAAGUGCCUAUAUACUUUUCAGACUCUGGUAUAGGAGUGAAUCGUUGUAUUAUUAUUAUUUUUUUUGCCUGAUUUGCAUUUCCUUGGCAGUGAUACCUCCCUGCAGUGGUUCAUCUUGAGGCUUUAGUGACAGAAUGUGCAGAGUAUUGAAUGCUGAGAUGACUAACAUUUUGCACUGUUAAAGUACUUGGCUGGAGAAAAGAUAGUUCAGGUUGUUGCUUGUGCAUCAAAUUUGUUACACCAACAAGCAACUAUUUUAUGUUUCGUGGAUUUUUAAAAAUCAGAAGUAAUUAACCAGGGAUCUUAUUGUGUUAGUAUUUUUUAAUCCAAGCACUUAUUAAGCCUACAGUUCUGAUUUUCAUGUCCAUUGUGAAAAGAUGGUGAUACUUUUUUCAUUUUUUUUUCCUUUCUAUGUUAGAGCGGUUAUUAGAAAAGUUGGGGAUUUUCCUGAUCUUUAUUGCUGCUUACUGUUGAAACUGUAAACCUACCUGUGUUCUAAGCACAAAGCAAAUUCUGUUUAAGGAAUACUCCUUAGUAGCCACACACAAUGUUUUCUGUAAUGUUAACUGGCUAUAACUUUAACUUGAAUUUCAUUAGCACAUGUUGGUUAGCUAAAAUUGUUAAAAGGAAUUUUGAUAAAACCACC